AUGUCCGGAGCCGAGGCCGCGAUCGCUGGCAUAGGAUUUCUCUGCAAUGCAAUGCAGAUCGUCACUUUCGGUAGAGAUAUCCUACAAGUUUACCGUCAAGUUCGGGAUAAAAGUAAUCCUGACCCAAAAUUGGAGGCCUAUCUCAAAAGCGCAAAAACUUGCUUCGACGAUAUGAACAGCUCGGCCUUGGCAACCUUUCAGGUUCUGCCGUUGACCCGAGACCAACAGCAGAUAAUUGAGAUUGGCAAGAAGCUUGAAGACACCAUAUCCCAGCUGCAAUCAAAAUUCUCCCAGCUUCACAUUGAUGAUUCGUCUAGACGUGGAUUCCGCGGGAAGAUCGAUAUAGGCAGAAAAACUUUGGCAUCUCUAUGGGAAGGAAAGGAGCUCGAAAGUCUUGAGGUAAACCUCAAAAGAUACGAGAGCCUUCUUCAUGGUGUCGUGCUACAUCGUAUAUGCAACCAGUCUCAGGCGGCAGAAAUCAGUUCGAAACAGUCCUUUCACCAACUCAACACCAACCUACAAUCAGUCAUCACACAACUAGCAGAUGGCCGCACAUGGAUGUCUGAACUUUCAAUCGAGUUACUGGAGACAAGGAACCGAAUUACCCAAGAGCAUGAAACAACACGUGCAGCUAUCAACACAGGCUUCACUGAUACACAGGGCACCCUUUUGAGUUUCCAAGACUCAAUGUCUCAAGAAUUUCAGGAUAUGGCCCAACGUGAUCAGAACAAAACGUUCGAGCAAGAACACAACCAAUUACUCCAAAGCCUCCGAUUUCCUGAUAUGAGGAGCCGCGAAAAUCACAUAUCUGAAAACUGUCCUGGUACCUUUGAUUGGGUCUUCAAAAACUCCAUUUACUGCAGCUUUCAGCAAAGAGAAGAAAAGACUGGCGGUGUUGGUGAUAUGAUAGAUUCCUCAGAGUUGGACAAUGCAGCAAGACUAUUCGGCCUCAACCGCUUUCCUGCCUGGUUAAAGUCGGAUGCCCGCCAAUUUUGGGUCAGCGGAAAGCCGGCUUCUGGAAAGAGCUCGCUAAUGAAAUUCCUUGCGACCCAUCCCUUCACAUCGCAGCUUCUGCAAGCCCAGCAUAGCAACAUACAAAUUCUCACUCACUAUUUCUGGAAGCCAGGGCAGCCGCUACAGAAGAACAUAGAAGGCAUGACGCGUUCUCUCCUUCAUCAAGUUCUUCAAAAAGAUCGUCUUCUCGCCCAGCGGCUAUGGGCCGAGCAGCCGAAUGUUCAGGAUAAGCGAGAUCGUGGAGAUUGGGAUAUGAAUGAGCUAAAGAAGGCACUAUGCUGGGCGAUCAACUCUUCAGGAAACACUUUCUGCAUCUUCCUCGAUGGGCUGGACGAGGCAAAAGAAUUCGAGGAUUUACCGUGGGGUGACAAUCAGAAUACCCAAAUUAUUUAUGACUUACUCGGUCUCAGUAAUAUCAAGUUCUGUGCAUCCAGCAGGGAAGAGAAUCCUUUCUGCCGCUUCUUCGCAGGGCAACCCUGCCUCAGAACCCAUCAGCUUAAUCGGAACGAUAUCUACCAUUUUGCGAGGAAUAGACUAGAAGUAUCUGGUCUAAGCUAUAAUGAUCGAUCUCGACUUCUAUCGACAGUUGUACGGAAAGCAAACGGCGUGUUCCUCUGGGUCGUCUUAGCUGUCAAGAGCCUCAAUCAGGCAAUACGUUCAGGUGGUGCCAACGAAUUUGAGGAGCGACUCGCACAGACGCCAUCAGAUCUACACGACCUCUUGGUCUAUAUGUGGAAUCGCCCCGGAGAUGAUGCCAAGUUGUCAACUUACGGAAUCGAUGCUUCUCGCUUCUUCAAUCUAGCUCUUACCGCAAUCGACAUCGACAAGGAACUCUGGCGCCAUCGCGGCACUUAUUUACCUCUCCACUCGAUGCGCUCGUUGCUCGUUAUGACUAUAGCCCAGGAGGAUAAUCCAUUCACGUCAAUAUUAAGAGAAGGCCGAGAAAUCCAUGCAGAAGAACUUCAAGCUAGAUGUGCGAGGAUGAUGCCCUAG